AUCUCCACCACAUACAAGAAAAACCUUAGCUGCUACUGGAAGAGAAGAGAUAAACAAACUUAUCUAUUCUAACUUUGAACUACACAGACACACUCUUCUCUUUUUUUUUUAAACUAUGAAUGCACUCAAACCUUGCAAGUUCAAUUACCAAUCUUCAUUUCUCUGCAGUUAUUCAGCUCCCCAAAAGCACAUAAAAACACAGUCUAGCUUUGCACCAAGAAGCAACAAGGCUGUUCUACAAACAAAGCAAGCAGUGAGAGCUUGCAGUACCGGUGAGGGAGAGAAGAAGAACGAAAGGCGGAGUUUCUUGACUUUGGAAGAAGCCGGUCUGGUCGAAAUCUCUGGGUUGGACACUCAUGAGCGCUUCCUAUGUCGCCUAACAAUAUCAUCGCUAAAUCUAUUGAGAGUGAUAUCAGAGCAAGAAGGUUGUUCAAUUGAGGAGUUGAAUGCAGGAAAAGUAUGUGACUGGUUUUUGAAGGAUAAGCUCAAGAGGGAGCAAAAUUUGGAGUCUGCGGUCCUUCAAUGGGAUGAUUCUCAAUUCCAAUUUUGAAGCUUUCUACUUCCUUUAUAUAUAUAUAUAUAUAUAUUUUAUUUCUUUAUUGGUUGAGAACUUGGUGAGGGGGUUAUCUUUAAACAAAAGUCUAAAAUCCUUUGGAGAGAGAAUCUGAAUGUCUUGGAGGCCUUGAAAGUCAUUUCCAACAUAUUCCUUGUCUUAUAUAAUAGUGUACUUGGAUAAUUGAAGCAACUUUUGAAUUUGAGGAAUGACCACAUUUACAUGAACUGUUGCCAAACUUUA